AUGGACGGUUUUUCAAGGCAAGCUGACUGUUUAACAUCGCCGAGUUUGUUGAAAAGGCUGAGGCAGUUUGUGUACAAGCAUUUCAACACUGCUUCUGCUUCCUCCGAGGGACGAAGGCACAUACCGAAUGCAUGGAAAGUAGACCAAGCUGCGCUGGAGAAAGGUAAUCGUACUAUACAGUACAUCAUACACAACACUAUUACUUCGACAACAGGAGCGAGAUGGCUCAAGUGGUUAGAGCGCGAGUUCGCUGACCGGAAGGUUCCUUAUUCGAACGCGACCUCUGACACUCGACCUCCCCUGUCUAGGCUGGGGCGACUUGACAGCAGCCCGGCCCUCGUGCUUCUUUCGGGUUGCAUGGCUGCUAGUACUUCUCGAUGGGUAUGGACUUACGGGAGGAACCACGCAAACUGUACUGCGCCACAUGCCUUUGACCUACUGUAUGAUGUUUUCUUUCAGUCUGUUGGGCAACGUCCUUCCCCCGAAGCACCGAUCGACACAACUAACUCCGUAAACCACCCACGAAUGCCGAAUAUUAAAAUAUUUUCUGGUAGUUCCAACCAUGCCCUUGGCCAGAAGAUUGCUGAUCGGAUUGGGGUACGUUUGGGCAAGGUGACCUCGCGCAAGUUCAGUAACCAAGAGACAUGCGUCGAGGUUGGUGAGUCAGUGAGAGGCGAGGAUGUGUUUAUUGUGCAAACGGGUGGAGGUGAGGUCAACGACAAUCUUAUGGAACUGCUUAUCAUGAUCAACGCAUGCAAAAUCGCUUCCAGUUGUCGUGUGACCGCCGUGAUUCCCUGCUUCCCGUACGCAAGACAGGACAAGAAAGAUAAAUCCCGGGCACCGAUUUCAGCCAAACUUGUUGCGAAUAUGCUCUCAGUCGCUGGUGCUGACCACAUCAUCACCAUGGAUUUGCAUGCAAGCCAGAUUCAAGGGUUCUUUGACAUACCUGUGGAUAAUUUGUAUGCAGAACCCGCUGUGAUCAAGUGGAUCAAGAGCAACAUUCAAGAAUGGAAGGACUGUGUGAUUGAUAAAUCCCGGGCACCGAUUUCAGCCAAACUUGUUGCGAAUAUGCUCUCAGUCGCUGGUGCUGACCACAUCAUCACCAUGGAUUUGCAUGCAAGCCAGAUUCAAGGGUUCUUUGACAUACCUGUGGAUAAUUUGUAUGCAGAACCCGCUGUGAUCAAGUGGAUCAAGAGCAACAUUCAAGAAUGGAAGGACUGUGUGAUUGUCAGCCCCGAUGCUGGUGGCGCCAAACGAGUUACUUCCAUCGCGGAUCAACUGAACGUCGAUUUUGCUCUGAUCCAUAAGGAACGGAAACGCGCCAAUGAGGUUGACCGAAUGGUCUUGGUUGGGGAUGUGAAUAAACGUGUAGCCAUUUUGGUGGACGAUAUGGCGGACACUUGUGGCACUAUCUGUACUGCUGCUGACAAAUUAAUCGAAGCUGGAGCGUCUCGAGUAUACGCCAUUUGCACACAUGGAAUUUUCUCUGGUCCAGCACUGGAACGGAUCAACAAGUCAUCAUUUGAGGCGGUGGUGGUAACCAAUACGCUAAGUCAGGAUGAAAACAUGAGCAAAGCACCGAAAAUCCAGUGCAUCGAUAUAAGCGUUAUGCUGGCCGAAGCCAUCCGCCGAACGCAUAAUGGUGAAUCUGUCUCCUAUCUCUUCAAUCAUGUUCCGCUUUGAAGCUACAAAAGAUGAGCCCAUCAUUGUUUGGCUUUUUGUGUCCUCGUGUACCAGUUUUUAUUAUCCUCUGUGGCCGAUCUCCCCGCUAUUGGCGCACCUCGUUUUGCUGCAAAUAUUGUCCAUCUCCAUUGCGUUUCUCCUUUUCCCAGUUGACGAGCAAGUUCUCAUCUCAGAUAACACGUAUAUUUUUCACCACUGUCAUAUGUGCUUGCACGUCCAUUUGUGCGUAUUAUGUACAGUUGCAUUUUCUAGUCCUGCGCGCACUCUAGUUGGAUCGAAAAAGGACUACAGGAAUACGCACGCAGACUUCACUUUCGGAAUCAAAAUAUAGUUCUAGAGCUUUGCA